GCCAAUCACGUACAAGAGGCUUCAAAUGUCGUUUUGUGGUCGGGACUGUUUUGAUGCAGUUGGCAAAAAUGUGAGAGGGGACGUUUGGCUCUAAGAACAUCGUCAGAAGCGUGGAUUUUUAUCCAUGUCGUUUGUUUCCCGGUCAGGACGAGCCGAAAUGGAUUCCCCGGUCCCAUCACCCGACACAGGGUUCUAGCGGUGACAACAGCUGCUCCAUCCUGGCACCACGCAAACACAAGAACCCGAACAGUGGCUGUUUUUCUUUUCUAUGACAGACCCAAUUUAUGCCCAGCUAGAUUCGGUGGAAUCGCUCUUGGACGAACUCCCAUAUAUGUUUUAUCUGGGCCUGUUCUUUGUGAACGUCCUGAUCCUCUACUAUGCCUUUCUGAUGGAGUACAUCGUCCUGAAUGUGGGGAUAGUGUUCCUGCCUGAGGACAUGGACCAGGCGCUGGUGGACCUCGGGGUGCUGUCCGACCCGGCCUCUGUCCCCUACGACACGGACACGGAGCUGGAUGUGUUUGAGGGGUAUCUGGAGUGACAAGACGGUGCUGAAGGACGAAAAGAAAGUUCAGGAGGUGAUGAUGACGAUGCACAGGUGUGGUGUGAACUCUCCCUGGUCAGCGAUGGUGACAAGAAAUGUCUCAAAGCGGAUGUUGUUGCAGCCUUUUCCUCACAGAGACAUAUCAGUCAAAAAGUUGUCUCGGCUCAAAGGAAGGUAGCCUGAGAGAGAGAUUCCACACCACCAUCCAUAUGAUCAGCGAGUGCCCCAUGAAUGGAGGGCUUGCACUGGAUCAGCUGUCAGCGUGUUGUCAGUCAAAUAGCAGUCGACUCUGACUGGACACCAGGAGGUUCAAACUGGCAUCUGUGAGACGUACUUUGGACACUGCAGCAUUGAGAGAAGAAAAGGAAGCACAAUGUGCUGCAGGUGGAGAGAAGAGAGACAGCUGUUCCCUUUGGAAGAAGAGUUAAUGUCAUUCACACACAGCAGCCUGGCAUUUACACCGAAUAAUUAUCUAUGCUAUGCAGGACCUGGUAGUUAAUUCUACAAGCAAAUAAGUUGAAACCUGCCGCUUGACUCACAGUGUGAUGUCCUACGCAGUGAGACAUCUCAGAAGAACUGGCAAAGUGCAGGAAAACCGUGUCCAUUGUCAACCUGUUGUAUACUUAAUCCCUCACAGAGCAACUUGUUUUAACAGUUUGUCUUUUAGUUGUGAGUACAGAAUCUGUUUUGCAUUCUUAAGGCUUAAUUUAAAAUGUGUCUUUUGAGGUCAUCCAUACUGUAUCUCUGCAUCAGGGAUGUACACUCUCAGGAGCACAGUUAGGAACUCUGGGCGCACUGACAAGACAUAACACUGACACUGGACGUAGGCUGUGAAGAAACAUUAAAGUAUCCAGGAACAGAUAUUUCUUUGAUACAGUAUGUCUGUUUAAUCUAUGUCUGCAUUAACAAUUAGGAAAUGAAAAUGUAGCUUUCCACAAAAGUUAACAGGAGUAGAUUAAAUAUGACGACGCGUCAAAACUCAUGAAAGAAAACCUCAAAAAAGUGUUUUAGAUUUUGCCACAUCAUUCUAUUUGUUGCACAGUUUUGUUUUUAUGAUGACUUGGAGAGACAUAGACCAGACUCAGUGCAUGAUAUAAACUGUGUUUUUAAAGAAUUUGGUUUAGUUGUCAGGGUUCUGUUUUAUUGCGCUUCCUGCUGUUUACGUUGUUACAGAUUUAGAAUCCUUUUCAUCAAGUGUACGUUCUUGACAGCAAUAAUAAACUGGAUUCAAGCAGUGGGGCAGUUGGAUAGCUAUACGAAUGAGACUGUUCACAGAAUUAGGUAAAUAUUUCAUCCGUGUGCUUGCAUUGAUUGUGGAUGGGUGGAAAGGUACAGUCUGUAAAGGGAUAGAAAGAUUUAUGAGACAUUUGUAAGCUUUGAAAAUGCUGUAAAUCUGAGAAGAGCACUUAGAGCCCAGCUAAUUAACGAAAUAUUGAUUUUUUUGAGGCAAUACAGAAGAACCAGUAUUUUCUUAUACAGUAACUGUCUGAUUAAAUUCACACAUCUUGCAUGAUAAUCAUUACACUGUGGUGGUUGUCAACCAAAAUACCUGAAGCCAUAGAUACAGAUAACAUUUCAAAAUCUUUGUACAUGCAUGUUUCACCCUGUAAACAAGCUUUAGUGCAGAAUUUCAUUGUUGUAACUGAACAAACAGUACAUUCUGCUAGACAACCUCUCACCAAGAUGGCUCUGCUUUACCAUACUGACUGUUCAGAUGUCAUUUCGAGCAACACUUUGCCUCAUCAGCUCAAAUGGUUUGCUAAAUGUCACUAGAUAAUUAUCCACAGGCACACCAAGUAUUGACUUCAAGUGAAAAAGUCGUGUUGGAACUCAAGAACAUGGAUGUAAAAAGGAAAAUCACAUCUUAUUAUAAGGCUGUUCAACCAAUAUGGAGCAUUGACAGCUGAGACCACAUUCUGUUUUAUUUUUGGAUUAAGGCUGCCACUGAGAAAUGUUUUUGUUUAGAGUUGUAUGUAUAAAUCAGUUUAUCCGGAUUUUAAUUUUUUGGAAUUGUAAAACCCACAGGAUGCUAAAACUCAGGAUGCUAAUAUUCAUUAAAUAUUGUAAAAUAUGUUUGUACGGAAUUUGAUCACAAAGUAGUUCAAUCAAUACCAGCUAAGGGCUUUGUGUAGAUGAACACGAAAUGGACCAUUAUGGUUAAUCAAUAUUUGAUCAUGCUGGAAAUGUAAUAUGUGUUUUGUUUUUUUUUUAACUAAAGGUCAAUGUCAGUACAACAAGUUGGGCAAUUCAAGUACAAAAAUCGCUCCUCACAAUGAAAUCAGUGGCAAGUGAAGCCAUUUCAUGGGGAAGAUCCAAAUUUUAUGUAAAACUGGUUAUAAAUCAGUGAUGUUAGUGGCUGUUAAAAGACUGUGUCAUUUCCCAGGUAUGAUACCACACUGUGCUGGUCAAUAUCUGAUCAAUUCCGCUCACGAUAUCAUCAACAUACGACCUAAACGCAUUGUCAUUCCGCCACAUCUGCCUCUUUGCAGACACGCACAUGCUCUAAUAAGCUAUGGAUUGCAACAGAGUUUUAUUUUCCAGUGUAUUUAAUAAACUUUGAGUGAAUGCCA